GUUCCAAUACUAAUAGUACUGCACAGUUUAUUUAUUCCAAAAAUUAACUGAGUCUACAAAAGCACCAAACAAGUUUCUUUUUCUGCAUCAACAAAACCACGUUCUCAACCAAAAUCACUUCUCUUAAGAAAAAAGUUGCCUUCUUUUUCAUUUCUUCCAUAGUUUCUUGAAUUCUUGUUUUGAAAUUUCAGUACCCUUCAAUGUCUAUACCAUUAGAACAUGAUUACAUUGGUUUAUCAGAACUGGAAAAAAGUUCUGAUAAAAUAUCUUCUUCUUCAUCUUCCUCUGUUAAUCAGAAAAAUACUGAUGUUCUCAACCUUAAAGAGACUGAGCUGAGACUUGGGUUGCCUGGUUCUGAGUCUCCUGGGGUUUCUAUUUUUGGCAAAGAUUUGGAAAAUAAAAGUUUGGGUCUUAACCCUUUAAGCAACUUAACAUCAAGAACAAAAAGGGGGUUUUCUGAUGCCAUUGAUGCAUCUGGAAAAUGGGAUUUAUCUAUUAAUUGCAGAUCCGAAACUGAUGGGGAUAAAGGAAACUUGGUGUUUUCCCCAAAAAGAAAUGGAGGUUCAAGGCCUGUUGAAGAAAAAAAGUCUAUUACUACUUCAAAGGCACAAGUUGUAGGAUGGCCACCAAUUAGGUCAUUCAGGAAAAAUACACUGGCUACUAAGAAAAAUGAUGGUGAAGGGAAAACAGGUUCAAGUAAUUGCCUUUAUGUGAAGGUUAGCAUGGAUGGUGCUCCAUAUUUGAGGAAGGUUGAUAUCAAAACUUACAGCAACUAUGCACAGCUCUCAUCAGCACUUGAAAAGAUGUUCAGCUGCUUCAGUAUUGGUCAGUGUACCAGUGAUAGACUUCCAGGGCAAGAGAAACUUAGCGAAAGUCACUUGAUGGAUCUUCUCAAUGGUUCUGAGUAUGUGCUGACUUAUGAAGACAAGGAUGGUGAUUGGAUGCUCGUCGGAGAUGUUCCUUGGGAGAUGUUCAUAGACUCAUGCAAGAGAUUGCGGAUCAUGAAAAGCUCAGAGGCAAUUGGGCUAGCUCCAAGGGCCAUAAACAAGUGCAAGAACCAAAAUUAACAACUCAAAGAUCGACCGUCCAAUGGUUUCUACAUCGACGACCAUCCUUUUUCUGCCCUCUUUGUAUCUGGAAUUAGACUAGAUGUGUAGCAUUCCCUGAAAGGGAGAGAGCUGGUUUAAGAUGUAACCGGUGAUAUCCAAGAUUUUUGUUUAGUGUUACCUACGUAAAUUGUUAGUGCUUGUUACUUGCA